ACGGGGCCGGGCCGGGCUGGGAACGGGGCCGGGCUGGGAGCGGGGCCGGGUCGCUCCGCCCCGCUCCGCCCUCGGGCCCGCCCGUCCCGCCAUGGCGGCGGCCUUCACCGCCCUCCGUGUCCUGCUUGGGCUCUUCUUCUUCCUCACGGGCGCGCUGAAGGUGUCGGACUGGCUCUCGGCCGACCUGCACCGGCACAUGGAGCCCGGGAUGAACAGCUCGGUGCCGGGACUGCUGCCGGUGGAACACCCUGGCGAGUGCGUGCCCAGCAACCCGGUGCAGUUCAUGCUGGUGCCUGUUGUCUACUGCCUGGUGCUGUGUGUGGGGCUGCCAGGCAACCUGGUGGCAUUGCUGGUCUUCCUGCAGAGUGUCAAGGUGAGGAAGGCCAUCCGCAUCUACCUCAUCAACCUCACGCUGGCCGACAUCCUCUUCAACCUCACCCUGCCCCUCUGGAUCCACUACUACCUGGCUGGGGGGGACUGGCUACUCUCAGAGGCUGCCUGUCGCCUGGCCGGGGCCGCCUACUACCUGGCAACCUACAGUGCCAUCACCUUCAUGGCGCUCAUCAGCUUAAACCGGUUCUGCGCGGUGCGGGCGGCACGGCGGGCACUGCCGCUGACGGGGCCCCGAGGCGCCACGCUGGCCUGUGCCCUGGCCUGGCUGCUGGGACUGGGCUGUGCCGUGCCCACCCUGGCCACUCACCAGACCUUCCCCACCCGUGCUGGGACCACUGCCUGCUUUGAGCAGCACGGGCGGCAGCGGGGCUAUGCCUACGCCAUGGUGGGCUUCUUCUCCGCCACCUUCCUGGUGGUGCUGGGCACCUACGCCUCCAUCGCCCGGGCACUCUCGGUGCCCGCCGCAGCCUCACCAGGCUCCCACAGGCAGCAGGCCCGUGCCAUGGUGCUGGGGAUGCUGCUGAUCUUUGUGGUCUGUGUGGCCCCCUACCACCUGACACUGGCCCCCUGGGUGGGCAGCCGGCCCCCCGCACCGCUCUGCGGGCCCCCCGACACCCUGGAUGUGCUGCACACACUGAGUGUGGCCCUGCUCAGCCUCAACAGCUGCCUGGACCCCCUCAUCUACUGCUUCUCCAUCCGGCGCUUCCGCGCUGACCUGGGACGGACCCUGCGCAACAUCGGCCGGUGCUUCCCGCUGCCCCCGCCGGCCCCCCCCGGGGCAGCGCCUGGCGCCCGAGCUUCCUCCUUCACCUCCUCGUAGCAGGGUGGGCACCAGGGUCCUGCCCCCGGCUGCUCCGGUGCCACAGUCCCGGUGGGAUGUGGUACCUGUUGCCAGGUGAGGGAUCGGGAGCAGCGUGGGGGGAGCUCUGGCUUCGUGCACCCCCCUCCUCCCGCCCUGCUCUGCUCUCUGUGCAUUCCCACGCGCCCACAGUUCCUGCUCAAGCACAGAUCCUGCCCCCCGCAUUGCAGGCACUGGGAGGGCGUCACUGGCACUGGGACAGCGUCAUUGGCACUGGGAGAGCGGCACUGGCACUGGGAGAGGGACUCGCCCAGCAGUGGGAGCUGAGCCAUAGUGGGGUGUGGGAAGAGGAUGGAGAGGGAUGCUCGGCAGUUGCUGUCGUCUCCCUCCUGCAUGCAUGACCAAAGACGCCCACGGCAUGAGUUGGGCUGCCCAGGGGGCUGUUCGAGGCCCCGUGGCCACUCCUGUCCUGCAGUGUCCCCAAGCCUCAUGCCGGCACCCCUCCUGCUCUCGGCCAGGAUUAAAAAUGAAUGAGCCAAAGGCUUCCCCGGUCUCUUCGCUGGUGGGUGCCUGUGCCCCUCACCAAGCAGUUCCUGCGCCCCGGGGACGGCUGGAUAUGGGGCAGCCCCGGUCCCCGCAGCCCUGGCCCCCAGCCCAGCCCCGCCCCGCUCCUGAGGCAGGACCCUGCCCCAGGGCGGCUCUUGCACCGGGGGCUGCUGAGCCCGCACCCCCUGCCCCGUCUCCUGCCCUGCCCAUGGGUGGGCGGCCGUGGUGAGCGCAGCCCCCACCCCGCACCUGCCGCCCCCUCCCCGUGAGCCCCGGCGCGGCAGGGGCGGCGGAGCGGGCGCGGGUCCGUGGGCGGCUGUGUGGGCGGAAGAUGGUGUUUUCCCAGCCCUGGCUCAUUCCUGCUGCCAGCACAGCCCCGCUCUCCGUGCUGCACCGGCGGCAGAGCGGGUGCUGUGCAGCCGCGCGGGUUCUGGGGAUGCUGGGGGGCAGGGGUGCAUCAGCUGCCCCCCAGCUGGGGGUCUUGCUCCCCCAGCACAGGGCUGCUCUCCAGCGCGCUCCAACCCACGUGCGUGGGAGGAAACGCGAGGCACCGGGCAGGAGGAGAUGCGCUGCCUGGGGGACUGCUGGCAUGGGAUGGGCAGGGUGGCAGUGGGCACCAGGACGGGUGGGUGAUGCUGUGCCUGUGGCUGGUGGAUUUUUAAGGGCUACCUGGUUGCCAGCAGAGCGGUGAAGAUGCGGGGCAAGGCCUGACCCCGGGGAAUGGGGUCUCCAUGUGCCACGGAAAGUGUGCACCACUGUGACCCAGGGACACCAUGGCUCAGUAAAGCCGCGGUGGGUUCAUGGCAUGCCCGUGCUGCCCAUGCUGCCUGGACACUUUGCUCUGGCCCCAUGGAUGGGGCUGGAUGAUGUCUCCAUGUGCCGCAGUGCUGCUGCUCAACAGAGCUGGGGGAUGUCCCAAGGUGCCUCUGCUCUGCACCCAGCCCCAGGCCAGCUGCCUUCGACCACCCAGUUCUUCCCCUUUUGAAGUUCAUAUUAAAUUUUAAUCCUUUUAUAUAACUGCUGAAGGAGGGGGCAGAGCUCUGCUCCCCGUAUGCAGCAGGAGCAGCCGUGUCAGCAAUGCAGGACGCUGCAGGGCCUGGUGGGGUCUGGGACUGGAGAUCUCUUCCUGGGGGCACCAGGACUUUCGGGGGGCUCUCUGCACACCAGGACUGGGGCAGCCCCAGCUCUGGCCCUGGCUCUGCCAGGGUGUCCUGUUCAGUGGGAAAGCCUGGCGCUUUCCUGGCUAAAGACCACAGCACUGGGACAUAGACAUGACUGCUUAAAAACACACACAGGACACUUGCUUGGGCCAUGUAUGUCCCCCCACACACUGGGCAGGGCCUGACAUGUGGCGUGGUGGGGUGUUCUGGGCUCAGCUUGGCACCAGGAUGGGGCAUGUGCCACCACGCUGCUCCUGCCACCGUGCAGGGCGUUACC